AGAUGAUGCGCCAGAUAAGGAUGCUAAGAAGUUAGUUGAAGAAUCUCUGGUCGCGAUCCAUGGCGGUUCCCCUACGUUCAAAUGGAUCGAAGAUGACGGCAAAUCGCUGGUGGGGAAUUGGGCACCAUUAUGCUAUUCCCCACUGAUGACCCCCCAUUUUUUCACCAUGGCAAAGACUGUAUAUAAUCCGAAUGUAGUGAAGCCACGCAAUCGCGAGCUUGCUAUCUUAGGGUUGUGUUCCGUUGUGGAUGCUCCGUACCUGGUAUACUGCCAUCGUGGAGUAGCCGCCCAUGUUGGUUUAACUCUAGAACAAUUUGAGGACGGGUUACGUGGCACAGAACCUACAGGCUUGGACGAUGAAGAAUUGACGGCCUACCGCUUAGGUCGCAUCCUCGCAGCGCUAACUGGACCACUUGAUGAGCAGAAAUGGCGGGAAACUACCAAGAGCAUGGAUAAGACCGAAAUCGUAGGAAUUACCCACUUGAUUGGCGGUUAUCGAUGGGUAGCACUUUUGGAGCAGGUAAAUGGCGGAGAACAAACAUGGACACAUGGUCCUACCGCAUAGGGCUGAGUGUCCAGCGAUCCCGCCGUAAAUACUUAGCAUCGCGCUUCCAUUGGUGCGAAUUAAGAAAACCAAGAAACUUGGUAUGGGACCAAUUGGAACCCAUUGAAACCAAUCGACAAAUUUUCGACGUUGUGAUACCGCUUUGAUACUCAAAUAUCGUGAGCUGUCCACUUGGCUACAACUCUAUCCCUUUAUAUAAGCAGGCGUAAUGCAUAUAGAGUAGUAUCUUAGGUACGGCAACCAUAAGACGAUUGUUUAUGCGAACCAGAAAGAAAAUAGAUGU